UCGAGGAGCCCCGAUGAAUGCCGAUGAAACUUUGACACGGCAAGUAUCGAUAAGUCUUCGACAAGUGAUGAGAGACAACUUGAGUCUACGAAGGACGAUGAGUAACUGCCCCAAGAGUCAUGGUCUGCGGAUGGACCUGGAGGAGACAGUCAGUGAGAUGGAAAAGCGUCAUGGUGAAUUGGCGAGUCGUCGUCAUUAUUUAACAGAAAAGAUUAUGAAUUUGGAGAAGGCAAUGCCUAUUUUGGUGGCCCAUAAAUUUUGGAACUGCGGACAGAGGGACAAUAUUUCUUUUGAAAAGAUACAGCAACUUGUUGAUCAGUUAUCACCAUAUCCUUACCCGAAUUCUACUGAAAAACUCCUCAAAGAGACAAAUGACAAGUUGAAACGUCUCGAUGAAGAAACGAAGCAGUUGCAUGAUAAAAUAAUAGAAACUGACAUAAAAAUAGAAGAGACUGGGAUGGAAUUGGAGUCGUUACUUCUGGUGAACAAUGAAUUGGAUGAAAAGAUCAAGUCUUCUGAGGCUAAAACGCUGGAAAAAGAACGGCGAGCGAAGGCAUUUCCUGAUUUACAUGAAAUUGAUCCUGAGGAUGUCGCGUGUCUCGGUAGAAUUCGUCAACUUGUGCAGCAGGAGAUACGUUUGAAAAAUUGUAUAAGUUCACUUGAGGAUCGAGAGACUCGUAUACAAGCCCAACUGAAUCAAUUACUGCCAGCCAAAAAAGAAUCCAAGAAAUGUCCGAAAAAGUGUUCCGAGAAAUCAAGACGAGAGAACAAAAAAGUUGGAAUUCUUUAUACUUAUAUCAACGUAUAAAUAUGCUUGGGGAACAAAAAAUUCCAGUUAAAAUUUCUCAAUUUCAAAGCUCUAUUCUAUAAGAAUCUAACGAGCUGAAAAACAGAAAUAAGUAAAAUUUUCAGUUACUAGGAGGAAAUUUUCCUUGAAAAUCCGACAUAAAAGUUGUCGUUUUCACUAAUUUUUACUCCAAUCUAGGGUGAACAGGCCAAUUGCUGGACGAUUAAGGGAAAUUCGA